CCCAGCCUCGUUCUUCGCCUCAGAAGACCUGAGGCGGGCGGGCGAGCGAGACCGGACGGCGAGGAGGUGCCGUCUCCGGAAUUUCCCGCUUCCUGGGUGUCGAGGGCUCGGCGGCGAUGGAGGCGGAGAUGCGGCGGUGCCUGCUGGCCUCGCUCCUGCCGCUGCUCUUGCUGCUGCUGCCUCCGCCGGGCGCCUCGGCUUUCGCCACCGCCUUGGACAGCGACUUCACUUUCACCCUGCCCGCCGGCCGCAAGGAGUGCUUCUUCCAAAGCAUGCAGAAGGAGGCCUCUCUGGAGAUCGAGUAUCAGGUGAGGGACGGAACCGUCGCCCUUCCUAGUUUCCUCAACUGCUUGGGGUAGGAGCGCACGUGUGAACGCGGGCACCCGCGCCCAACGUGCAAUCUCGUGUCCGGGAGAGGACCAGCUCGCGUGUUCGAGUCGUAGGAAAAUCCAUUCCCUCGGCUGCAGUCGGGGUUGCCUCCUGCAAAGCGAGUGGAAACGCACACAAACGCCCUGCAUGUCAAAAAGAAAAAACGCUUUAUUGUGUGUGCCUUUUCUGAACCUCCCUUACUUGCUGCACAGCCACAUAGAAUCAUAGAGUUGGAAAGGGGACCCCAAGGGUCAUCAAGUCCACCCCCCGCAAGGCGAGAAUCUCAUACGUGACAGAUGGCGAGCCAACCUCUGCUUUAAAACCACCAAGGAAUCCACCAUCACUCCUGGGAGGUAUUGUUUGGGGCUCCAGUAUGCAGACCUGUGUCUGUUAACACUGUAUGCAAAGAGGCUUAUGUCCAGCGAAGCGUGCUUCGGAUGAUAAUUUGCGUUUUGUUUUUCCAUAGUCUGGUAGAGGUAGUAAUGCUGGGUCCUUAAGAAGAAAGCUAUAUGCUGUGUUUUCUGUUGCCGUGGAGUAAAACAGGACCUUAACUAUAAAAGAUGGGGUGGGAUGGCAUGAAAGUCACCUUUAGCCUCAAAGUACAACCGGAAUAUUUGGAUAUACCUGCAGGAUCAGAACAUUAGGGUAUAGUUCUGAAGGGCCAGAAAGAAAGCCAUGUGAGUAUUACUUCCCUCUAGCUUCAGAAUGACAAUUCUUUUCUUUCUUUUUACAUGGAGGAAACAGGCUAGAUAAAUGUCAUGAAAGGCUGGGUCAAACUGGUUUGGGAGCUUGAUCUGAUGACCUUAGCCAAACAGAGGACUUCUGAAAUUUAUCUAGAGCCACGUAAGCCAAAUAUGUUGAAAUAGUGCUGAAUGGAGGUUUGAGACAAGGUGGAAAUGAGCAGCAUUUCUGCUCUAGUUGCAUAGAAUGCAACUGGUACAUGUUCCUGUGAUGGUAUUUAAUGGAGCAUGAUGUAUGGAUGUAGAAAUUAGGGGUGUGGGGAGGGGGCAUGCCUUGGAGAGAGGCCCAAGGGCCAGAUAGAAAAGCAUGGAGGGCUGCAUUCAGAGGAGCCUGAGGUUUCCAUCAUCACAUUGGGAAGUAAAUAAUAAUACAGUCAUACCUCGGGUUACAGCUGCUUCAGAUUGCGUUUUUUCAGGUUGCAGACCGCCGAAACCCGGAAGUACCGGAACGGGUUACUUCCAGGUUUCAGUGGUCGCGCAUGCGCAGAAGUGCUAAAUCGCGCUUUGCGCAUGCCCAGAAAUGCCGAAUCGGAACUCGCGCGUGCGCAGACGCGGGUUGCAAACACUGCGGGUUGUGAACGUGCAUCCCACACGGAUCAUGUUCACAACCCAUACGUCCACUGUAAUAAUAAUGAGUGCAUUUAUUUUUACUUGCUUUUCAUCCUUUUUGUCAGCAUAUCUUCCAAAGGCAAGUAAUGUUUAUAAAAAAAAUGAAGAGGUCUUCAAACUGUAAUCUAGAAACUGUGUUAAAUGUUCCUGGAGAUCACAGUUGCUACUCAAAGGUGGAAGGUCUUAUGUACACUGAGACUCUUUCUUAAAACAUCUUGUCUAUGAAUGUAGCCAUUUGUUCUUUAGUGGUGUGGUUGAUAGUGAGUACUGAAGUACCAAGCACUAUCUGAAUGCAUUGAAUAAAAUUACAAUAUAGAGAAAUGGGGAGCAUCUCUCAGUCAGCUCUGCUGAGAGAUCACCCACCUCCUUUUGACUUAUGUUCCUGAACUGUUUCUAUUCCAGCUGGUUUGCUAUUUUGUUCCUCCCCAUCCUUUUUCCUUUUGUGUCACAGCUUUUUAAAUUGUAAGCUUGAGGGCAGGGAUAGUCCUGAUUUUUAUUGAUCUCUAAGCUGCUGUGGGAUACUUUUCGGCCAAAGAGCAGGGUAAAAAAAAUCUUUAAACAAACUGCUUUUGCCAACUGUAUCUAUAGUUUCCUAAAAAGUUAAAAUACAUAGUAGUAAUCUUAGAUAACAUCUCAGUGUGUUCAUAUAGAUCCAUGUAGAUUUGUCUUCAAGUAAGAUUUGAGUAUUAAACAUGAUUCAUUUUAGGUUUGCCUUUUUCAACAGAUACUACACUUUGCUCAUAUACGCUGUUUGUUGACUUUACAGGUUCUCGAUGGAGCAGGUUUAGAUAUUGAUUUCCAUCUAUUAUCACCAAAAGGUGAAGCACUGGUUUUUGAACAGAGAAAAUCGGAUGGAGUCCAUACGUAAGUUUUUAAAUGAUUUCAUUAAACGUUAGUUAAACCAUUUUUAGUGGCAUUCUAAGAGCUUAGUAAUUAAGACUUCAUUCCUGAAUUGUACGAAUGGGACUUCACCGGAGGGGAUUUUUCUGUUCCCUCUUCCCUUCCUGCACUCAUUAAAGUGUAAUGUCUUUUGUGUUUACAGGGUGGAGACAGAGGAUGGUGACUAUAUGUUCUGCUUUGACAACACAUUCAGCACUCUGUCAGAUAAGGUGAUUUUCUUUGAACUGAUAUUGGAUAACAUGGGAGAUGAAGAGGAAGAUUGGAAGAAGUAUAUCACUGGCACAGAUCUUCUGGAUAUGAAGCUAGAAGAUAUUCUGGUAUGUAUCUACAAUCCUUUUUAAAAAGCUAUGGAGUGAAUGGCUCUGUACGCUUGGAAUUUAUUUGCUCUCCCAUCUGCUACUACUUUUCAAUAGGAUCACCCUAUUGAAAGCUGCACAACUAUCUCUAGUGGCCUUAAAUUGUGAUAAGUGUAUUAUUGAUUAAAUAUAUAGCCUAAAUUCUGCAGCAUGUGAAAAGAAAGGGAAGUGUACAUACCUCAGCUUUGGAAGUAACAGAUGCAAGUUCUCAUUUUGAGGCUUUGGAACUAAGCACGGUGACAAGGAGUUGGGGCUCACAAGGUCAUUGCUAUAUUUUGUAGAUGAGUCUGCUGUGUUGAAUUGUGUGCUUCUCUUUUAUUUUUCUAAAACUAGUGUUUUGAUCUUUAUUAGGAAUCGGUCAACAGUGUGAAGUCCAGGCUAAGCAAAAGUAUCCAUAUUCAGACCCUGCUCAAAGCAUUUGAAGCUCGUGAUAGAAACAUACAAGAAAGCAACUUUGACAGGGUAAACUUCUGGUCCAUGGUCAACCUUGCAAUAAUGGUGGUGGUGUCAGCUGUUCAAGUUUACAUGCUGAGGAGUCUUUUUGAAGAUAAAAGGAAAACUAGAACGUAACACCAGUGUCUUAAUAGCAUUAAACAGGGGGAAAUGCAAUACACUGCUAAAGAAAACGGAGAUUUUCUUCCCAGCUUGUUUUGAAUGAACAGUUUUUAACAUUCGUUUGUGACUUUUUAAUAUGAGCAGAAUGCUUUUCUUUGCUCCAAUAAAUUGCAAUAACUUGGUUUAUUAAGAUGGUGGAUAACUUAAAACUUGCCUGAAUCUCCUCAGCCAUCUAUACUGCACAAUUUUUUUUUGCAACAAAUUCAGAUUUUAUAUUUACCAAUAUUUGAUACUAUGUCUUAAUGACUGCUAGCCUAAAGGUAGUAUUUUAAAAAGAAAAAAGAUUCAUGAAGUUAUGAAUUGAAUUGUGUAUUUAGUAUUUGAGUCCUGCCUUGGAUAUGUCAGUUAAAUGGAAUAUUUGCUACAGCAAACUAUGCUGUUAUUUAGACAAUAUUUUAAAAUGGGUGUAAGUGAAGACUCAUGUGCCUUAUUUGUACUAAUUAGCAAACUUAUUCAACAAAAAUUAACUGGCAUCUAAAAUGUAUAUUGCAUCCAAAUUCUUUCAUUUUCCUCACUUUGUGAAUUAAUUUUAAGUUCAGAUCAGGGUUUGUUUUCAUGAUUCAGAAUUGCAAAAACACAAACUCAAGGGUGCUGAAAGGCACCAUCUUUUUCCUCUGGAUUAUUUAUGUAACACAAACCCUGCAAGUGCCUAGGCAUAUUAGCAACCAGUUUUGAGGCCGUGUAGCCACUUACAUGCAUACAUGUUUGUAAAAGGACUCAUUAUACCCAAUUUGGGGGACUUCGUGAAUCGCUUUUAUUCUACCACACAAAUUAAUAACAUUUGAGUUUUUUAUACACAGGCACAUCUAAUGUGUUUCAAACCAGGUUUACUAUAAUAGCACAUUCCCCUCAUACACCUGUUGCUUUGCCAAUGUCUCGCUCCCAUUAGCUACAGCCAGUAUACUCCAUUGUUAGAGAUAACAGGAGUUGUCAUACAGCAACAUUUAGAAGGCUAGAAUUCAUAGCUGUCAACGUUUCCCUUUUUUAAAAAGGGAAAUUCCCUUAUUCCGAAUAGGAUUCCUCGGAGGAAAAGGGAAAAGUUGACAGCUAUGCCCUAGAUACUGUAGUUCUGAAUAUGUGAGAGAGGAUGGAGAUAGAAUGCUCCAAUUUUCAUGGUUACUGGGUAGGGUAGCUGAAAUUGACUUACAGCUAAAAGCCCAGUUUCCCUUAUUGUGAUUUUUAAAAAACAGCAAGUUUUCACUAUUUCAUUAUGCAGUGGAACUUGGUUCCUAGUUAAUGGGCUAAGGGUUACAAACUUUGAUUAAAGCAGUUAACAGUUGCUCAUCAAAAUGCCAUGCAUGUUUGCAUGCUGAGAUGGCUCCUAUGGCUGUAAUCCAGCAAACCUGGAUGUCCCAAACUGAUUUCUGAACAUGCAUAUGUGUAUAUAUUCCAUGCUUAGCAUGGUUAACAUGUUUUGGGUUUGUUUUUUUGCUUGAAACUACACAAAUAGCAUGUCGGCUGCUGAAGUUGAUAUGCAGAUAUUAAUUCAAUUCCCAUUAUGCUAAGCAGCUUAUGUGGGGCUAAGUGUAGAAAUGCACCUCAAACAUAGCUCAAGGUUUUGAACCACCAGGUAAUAAUUCUUGUGAACUUGAACCUAUUUUUCAACAGUAUUAGAUGUCACAUACGGUACUUUUGCCAUAAAGUUAAUACUGGUGUGGCUAAUGAUACAUAAAUUGUUACCAGUUUAUAAAUGUAAAAAUUAUUAUGUGAACAUAUAAGCAUAUUAAGUUACAGGUAGCAGACCAAGUAGUUAUUUACAGCUGCUACAGUGGUAGCAUCUAUGCUUAUCCUCUUCUGCCCAUAUUCAUAUUUUUUACAUACCAUUGGGUCAAAUAAUUAGGCUGAUUUAAAUGAGUCUUAGUACUAGUGACCCAUUGCUAUACAUUUUGAGGCUGCAGCAAUGGGAUCUCUAGCUGGCUGUAGUUAUCUACUAAAUAUCAGCAGAAAUGAAGUCUUAAAGCCAAUUAUAUGAGAAUUAUUCCCAAUUUGAGGCAACAUAGUAUUAAAUAUGUCAUGCAAAUGUGGAUGCCAAGGUUUCAAAAUAUACGAUCUUUUAGCACUGUAAUGUUAAAAAGUAUGUUCACCAAAAAGCUGUGACUAAGCCUUCUACCUCUCAGUUUAUGCUAAUGCCAAUUGAUCUGUCCUUUACAGUUCUGGUUUCCAACAAAACAUUACAUGUAUAUAAAAUAGGGUGAUAGCCAACUACAUCAUACCCAUUCUCAGUCAUCCUCAGUAGACCUAUUAAAAUCAGUGAACUUAAGUUAGUCGGAUACCAUCCACAUUGCUGGGGACUUAACAAAUUGCCUACUAUGGCACUCAUGGUUGUGCUGUACAUUUUCAUAAUGCUGCAGAAUAGUGUGUGCAAUUCCACAGGUAAGAAUGAACACAGCAGUAAAAAUGAACACGACGGUAAAUGGAUAAAUUUCUGGCUGUGAAAUGGAUUUAAUAAAGGAAUUCUAAACUUAA